AGUCCGGAAGCAGCUGACGGUGAAAAUUCACCGCCUGGGUGUGCCAGCCCGAUGGGGCGGCAGAGCAGAGCAGCGCGAGCCGGGAGCGCGCAGCUGAAGCUCCAUCGCCAGCGGCCAGCAGCCCUCCCGCUCCAAGGCAGCCUUCGAGCCAGCUCCGGAUGACCUUCGCAGCAGCAGUAGCAGCCCCCGGCACUGCAGGGCCCCCUUUGCGCUGCGCGGCGUCGAGCUGAGCGCGCCGGCCGUGCAGCCGCCGCCGGUUCGCGCUCGCCUCUCUCUGCGCGCUGCGGCGGCGGCGGCGGCGGCAAGGAAGACGCCUCCCUCCGGGACCGGGUGGGUGCCCGCCUGCCUGCCUGCCUCUCUCUCGCCUCGUGGCGCGCAGGGCAGCAGGAGGCGCACUGCCCGCUCGCUGCCCCCGGGUGGAGAGGCUCAGCAUGGCCCACGCGGCGAAGCCCGCUGCUGCUGCUGCCGCCGCCUCUGCCGCCACCGCCCGGCUCGUCGUCCCCAGCUAGCUGGGCGCGGAGCUAGGAGGAGAAGGAGGAGGCGGCAGCGCCCGGCCCCUCUUCGCCCAUGAUCGCCAGCAUGAGCGUCGCGCUGCAGGACCUCGGCAACAACAUGGCUGAGUACAAGCGAGCUAUGUUCCAAGACGAGGAGGCACCGGACACUGCCGGAGAUGGGAGCACCUCUCCAGAUGGCAUGGAGGUGGGCUUCAGGAAAGGCGGUGCCCCCCUGCUGAGUCGCCUGGGCUCCCGAAUCCAGUUGAAACUGGUGCUCUGUGCCAUCUCGCUUUUCGUGGUGCUGCUUCUCUUGAGUUCGGUCAUUUCCAUGGGCAUCCAGUACAGUAGAGAUCCCUCGCACACCACCUGCCUGACUGAAGCUUGCAUCAUCGUGGCUAGCAAAGUCCUAGAGGCUCUGGACCGAGAGACCCACCCCUGUGACGAUUUUUACCAGUACGCUUGCGGGGGCUGGAUCAAGCGGAACCCACUGCCAGAUGGCCGUUCCAAGUGGAGUACCUUCAACAGCAUCUGGGAUCAAAACCAGGCCAUCAUGAAACACCUUCUAGAGAACGCCACUUUCAACUCCAGCAGUGAGGCUGAGCGGAAGACCCAGCGCUAUUACCUGUCUUGCUUGAAGGAGCAGAGGAUUGAGGAGCUGGGCUCCCAGCCGCUCAUGGAUCUCAUUGAGAAGAUUGGAGGAUGGAACAUCACUGGGGCCUGGAAUCAAACCAACUUCAUGCAAGUCUUGAAAUUAGUGUCGGGGACAUACCGGGCUUCUCCAUUUUUUACUGUUUUUGUGGGCACCGAUUCCAAAAGCUCUAACAGCAACAUCAUCCAGGUGGAUCAAUCAGGCCUUUUCUUGCCCUCGCGGGAUUACUACUUGAACAAGACUUCCAAUGAGAAGGUCCUGGCCGCCUACCUGGACUACAUGGUGGAGCUGGGGAUGCUGCUGGGUGGGGCCAAAGCCUCCACGGAGGAGCAGAUGCAGGAGGUGCUGGAGGUGGAGAUCCAGCUGGCCAACCUCACCGUGCCCCAAGACGAGCGGCGGGACGACGAGAAGAUCUACCACAAGCUGAGCAUCGCUGAGCUGCAGACUCUUGCUCCUGCCAUUGACUGGCUGGACUUCAUGUCCUCCUUCCUCUUGCCACUAGAGCUCACCAGCUCCGAGCCCGUGGUGGUUUAUGGCCGGGAAUACUUGCAGCAGGUGUCCCAGCUCAUCAACAACACCGACAAAAGCGUCUUGAACAAUUAUAUGAUUUGGAAUCUGGUUCAGAAAACAGCCUCGAGCCUGGACCAGCGCUUUGAAUCGGCCCAGGAGAAGCUUUUGGAGACCCUGUAUGGAACCAAGAAGUCCUGCACCCCUCGCUGGCAAACCUGCAUCUCCAACACUGACGACACUUUGGGCUUUGCCCUUGGGGCUUUGUUCGUGAAAGCCACCUUCGACCGGCACAGCAAGGAGAUUGCCGAGGAUAUGAUCACGGAGAUACGUGCCGCCUUUGAGGAAUCGCUGGAUCAUCUUGACUGGAUGGACGAGACGACAAGACAGGCUGCUAAAGAAAAGGCCGACUCCAUUUACGACAUGAUCGGCUUCCCAGAGUUCAUCCUUGACGACAAGGAGCUGGACGACGUCUAUGAUGGGUAUGAGGUCUCCGAAGACUCCUUCUUUCAGAACAUGCUGAACUUCUACAAUUUCUCCGCCAGGUUCAUGGCAGAGCAGCUAAGGAAACCCCCCAACCGGGACCAGUGGAGCAUGACCCCGCAGACUGUCAAUGCCUACUACCUGCCUACCAAGAACGGCAUCGUCUUUCCAGCAGGGAUCCUGCAGGCUCCCUUCUAUGCUCGCAACCAUCCCAAAGCCCUCAACUUUGGAGGCAUUGGCGUCGUGAUGGGGCAUGAGCUCACCCACGCUUUUGAUGACCAAGGCCGGGAGUAUGACCGGGAAGGGAACCUGCGUCCCUGGUGGCAGAACUCCUCGCUGGAGGCUUUCAAGAACCGGACGGAGUGCAUGACGGAGCAGUACAGCAAGUACCUGGUCAACGGGGAGCACGUCAAUGGCAAGCAGACCUUGGGCGAGAACAUUGCCGACAACGGGGGGCUUAAGGCAGCCUACAACGCGUAUAAAGCCUGGCUGAAGAAGAACGGGGAGGAGAAGCACUUGCCCUCCGUGGACCUCACGAGCCACCAGCUCUUCUUCCUAGGAUUUGCACAGGUCUGGUGUUCUGUGCGUACCCCAGAGAGCUCCCACGAGGGCCUGAUGACUGACCCGCACAGCCCGGACAAGUUCCGCGUCAUCGGCACCCUCAGCAACUCCCGGGACUUUGUGGAGCACUUCGAGUGCCCUGUUGGCUCCCUCAUGAACCCUGGCAAGCACUGCGAAGUGUGGUAGAGAGAGAGGCUGCCGCUGGCAAGAGUCUGUACAUACAGCCAUCUGCCCCCUGCACAACCCCAGCACACAGGAGCUAGGCGGAGCCCUGGUGGCCCCUUACAGGGGUGGGGGGCUGCUCUGGGGGGGCAGCUGACAGUCUCGCCUUGCCAGCUCUGGUUGGUGCAGGCUCCUUCUCCCUUGGCAGCAUGGGGAAGGUGAGUUUCACCAGGCCUCUCUGCUGAACCCACUUCGCUUGGGGGCAAAAGCACAGCUUCACUCCUCUUCGCUGACCUCAUCACCUGCUCCGCCCUGGGGUCUCGCAAAGGAUCUCUAUCCCCGCUUCUUCCAUUUUAGUUCCCCGCCUUCAGCUUCUCCAGGAAUCGUCUCCCUGCUCCCUUGUGGUGGUCCGGUGCCACUGACUUUGCACCCCGGCUGGUCCAGUUUCCUAAUUCCUCAACUCUAGUGGGAGAGUCGAUGCAGCUCAGCCUUUAGAGUGGCUGUUUUCAGGGCCUGGUCUAGGAGGCAGGCAAAGGAGAACACCGUCAGCGACUGAGCUGUGUCUGGAGGUGGGUUGGGCCAGUGCUGGUUCCGGGGGGGAACUUCAGCCAGUGGUAGAUUAUGGAUGCUUAUGGCACAAUUGAAUUGCCUUUGGUGUGCCCCAGGGAGUACAGCCACAUCGGGUGCACGGUCUACUGGAUGGGAGCUACUCAGUCUAGCUUCCUGUUUCUAACAGUGGCCAAACAGAUGCUGGGAAGCCCCCCAGCAGAGCACAAAGGCAAAAACCCUUCCCUGUUUGUUUGUCCCCAGCAUCUGGCAUGCAGAGGUACACUGCUGCUGAACAUGGAGGUUCCAUUUUCUAAAGCCAUCUCAGCUUAGGAGCCAGCAUUCUCCCCUUCACAGCUUAGUGAGCGGCGCGUAACUGAGAUUCAGCAUAACUGAGAUUCACCGGUGCCAGGCAGUGAUGUGGCAUGUGCGGGAAUGGGGGUGUAGGGGUAUUGCCCUAUGUUUUCCUUAGUCUGAUAUCCAAAGAAGCCACAAGGCUCUGGGAUAGGACCAUGCCUCUUCCAUAAGAGCUGGGGAGAUGGAGCCGACUCAUUCGUAUUGCUCUUUAUCAUUUUAGCUGUAGCGAAGGGAGCUGUUCCACCCCCUGCGCACGGACAAUCCCUUCCAGUCACUGUGGAAAGACGAACCGCCUUCUUGCUAGCGUUGCACCUACCAAGCUUCCCCAUCACAAAGAAAAAUCCCCCCCCUCCCGCUGUUAGAUUGCAGCCAGGGCAGGGCAGGAAUGCCCUGUUGAAAGCACAGAAGCCACACCGCGGCUGGGCAUGUGGAGUCUCUGCACAGAAGAGCAGAGCGAUGGGGCCAGCUUGUUUCUGAGAUGUUUCCUUUAGCCCAGAAGUGCUUAGGCUUGGAUCCCCAGAUGUUGCUGGACUGCAACUCCCAUCACCCCCAGCCACAGUGUGGCCGGCCAUUGUGGAUGGGGGUGAUGGGAGUUGUAGUCCAGCAACAUCUGGGGACAACCCACACUCGAGCAGCUCUGCUUUAGCCCCCUUCCAGGCUCAUCAUUAAUUCCCAACUAGCUUGGCUUAGAAAUUCCAAACCUGCUCCCAUCUAUCGGGCUUGGUGGGGACUAGUGCCUUGAUGAGAGUGUGUGUGUGUGUGUGUGUGUGUGUGUGUGUGUGUGUGUGUGUUGGCGGGGGGAGGGUGUGCAGCUGGUGUAUUUAAAUACUAAAAGCAGUUUCCGCUUGAUUCUUUCAAAGUGAUUUUCAAAUGUGUAUGGUGAAAAUAAAAAAAGAAAAAGGACCUAAAAAUGUGA